GGGCUUUCAACGGUGGCGGCUGGUUCUGCGCCGGAUCCGGGCGAGGGGCGGGCGCCAUUGUGCUUCUCUGCGGAGUUCUCUGGUUUAUUUAGGGGCCCUGAUCUCCGAGGAAGAAGGCGGUGGUCGCUUCGAGCAGGACGCGCCCUGUACCGUGCCAGCUCGGGAGCAGGGAAACCUUAAGAAUGGAUUCUAAACCGUCAAGGAUUCCAAGAAGAAUUUCAGUCCAACCCCCCACCUCUUUAAGUGCUAGGAUGAUGUCUGGAAGCAGAGGGAAUAAUUUAAAUGAUACCUAUCACUCAAGAGACUCUUCAUUUAGACUGGAUUCUGAAUAUCAGUCUACGUCAGCAUCAGCAUCUGCAUCACCAUUUCAGUCUACAUGGUAUAGUGAAUCUGAGAUAACUCAGGGAGCACGAUCAAGAUCACAAAACCAGCAACGGGAUCAUGAUUCUAAAAGACCUAAACUUUCCUGCACAAACUGUACAUCUACCUCAGUUGGGAGAAAUAUUGGACAUGGUUUAAAUGCAGUGUCAGAUUCUUCAUGGAGACAUAAUCAGGUUCCCAGAUCUUCAUCAAUGGUACUUGGAUCAUUUGGAACUGACUUAAUGAGAGAGAGAAGAGAUUUAGAGAGAAGAGCAGAUUCUUCUAUUAGUAAUCUUAUGGAUUAUAGUCACCGAAGUGGUGAUUUCACAGCUUCGUCCUAUGUUCAAGACAGAGUUCCUUCUUCAUAUUCACAGGGAGCAAGACCAAAAGAUCACUCCGUGAGCACUUUACAGUUGAAUACAUCAUCUACAAACCACCAAAUGCCUUCUGAACAUCAGACCAUACCAUGUUCUAGGGACUCUAGUAGAAAUUCUCUGAGAUCAAAUUUUUCUCCAAGAGAAUUGGAAUCUCCCCAAAGCAGUGCACAGCCUGGAUUUUCUUAUAUUUCAAAUAGAGAUGAAACCUCAACCAUAAGCAGUUCAGAUAGGGUUGGUUCAUCUCAAAGAUCAUUUCAAGAAUCUUCUGACAAUGAAGGUAGACGUUCAACCAGGAGAUUGCUGUCGCGUAUAGCUUCUAGUAUGUCAUCUACCUUUUUUUCACGAAGAUCUAGCCAGGAUUCCUUGAAUACAAGAUCGUUGAGUUCUGAAAAUUCCUAUGUGUCUCCAAGAAUCUUGACAGCUUCACAGUCUCGUAGCAAUGCAGCAUCAUCUUCUGAUGUCCCCGAUAAUAGGGCAUCUGAAGCUUCUCAGGGAUUUCGAUUUCUUAGGCGAAGAUGGGGUUUGUCUUCUCUUAGCCAAAAUCAUAGCUCUGAGCCAGAUUCAGAAAAUUUUAACCAGGAAUCUGAAGGUAGAAAUACAGGACCAUGGUUAUCUUCCUCACUUAGAAAUAGAUGCACACCUUUGUUCUCUAGAAGGAGACGAGAGGGACGAGAUGAAUCUUCAAGGAUACCUACCUCUGAUAUACCACCUAGAUCUCAUCAUAUGUUUAGAAGAGAAUCAAAUGAAGUGGUUCACCUUGAAGCACAGAGUGAUCCUGUUGGGGCUACUGCCAGCAGAUCACAGGCAUCUACGGCUUCGAGUAAUGCUGGUACUGGUGGCUCCACGUCAGAUUCAGCCCACAGUGGAAGAAAUACAGGAAUAACAGGGAUCCUUCCUGGUUCCUUAUUUCGAUUUGCAGUCCCCCCAGCACUUGGAAAUAAUUUAACCGACAAUGUCAUGAUCACUGUAGAUAUUAUUCCUUCAGGUUGGAGUUCAUCUGAUGGAAAAAGUGAUAAAACUAAAAGUGCACCUUCAAGAGACCCAGAGAGACUGCAGAAAAUAAAAGAGAGCCUCCUUUUAGAGGAUUCUGAAGAAGAAGAAGGUGACUUAUGUAGAAUUUGUCAGAUGGCAGCUGCAUCAUCAUCUAACUUGUUGAUAGAGCCAUGCAAGUGCACAGGAAGUUUGCAGUAUGUCCACCAAGAGUGUAUGAAAAAGUGGUUACAGGCCAAAAUUAACUCCGGUUCUUCGUUAGAGGCCGUAACCACCUGUGAACUCUGUAAAGAGAAGUUGCAGCUUAACCUGGAGGAUUUUGAUAUUCAUGAACUACAUAGAGCUCAUGCAAAUGAACAAGCUGAGUAUGAGUUUAUCAGCUCUGGUCUCUACCUAGUUGUGUUAUUGCACUUGUGCGAACAAAGCUUUUCUGAUAUGAUGGGAAAUACAAAUGAACCAAGCACGCGUGUCCGAUUUAUUAACCUUGCAAGAACUCUUCAGGCACAUAUGGAAGAUCUCGAAAGUAGGUGGAAUUUCCCCUUCCCAGAUUUGUUGAAUUUACUUUUGCAAAUUAAACCCACAAAGCAAAACCUAAUUGUAUAUUCUUUCUAUCAAAUUAGAGCUUCAUUUAUAGGCUUAAUAAUAGCAAAAUAAUUGAUUUGGGAAAGAUGGGUAGAGCAACUGACAGUUUUUUAAAAGCAUAUAUUCUUUUAAAUUCUAUUUUAAGGUAUAGGAUGUAUUUUAAUAUUUUAAAUAAAAUUUUAUUUUUGAAUGUCUUAGUUUUAGAACUUUUAAUCAAAAAGAAAACAUUCACUGGUCAAACCACACUUCUAAAUCUGUUCAAUUUUUGUGUGUGUGUCUAUGAAGUUUUACUUGCUACUCAGCUUUGUUAGAUCACUAAAGGUUUUCCCUGGGUUUGUUUGUAGUUCUAGGAAAAUAAGGAUGAAAGAUUCCUAAUUCUGAGUCUAUAACAGAAGCCAUAGUUUUUUUUUUGCUCCUUGUUCAGGUCCUCAUGGACCUUUAAUAGGCAGCCAGCUCCGCCAGCAGCUCCAAUCUCUUAAGAUCACGUUCCAGCAUUAGGACUUCUGCCUGGGCUACUAUGUGAAGGCACUUAAUGCCCAAAUCUUUACAGGCAUCUGCACAGCUUAACCUCCAAGUCCUACAACCUCCAGGGUGCUUCAUAUCAGGUGGGCACAGAUAUCAGUAGCUGUGAAACAAUCCCUGAGAAUCCAAGAUUACCGUACCUUUUGUACCUUUUCACCCAAAGCAACUGGCUCCCCACGGUCAGAUUCCAUCACACUCUUUGAAGUGCUUUAAAAUAUGUAUUCUCCACUGGAUUAUCUUCUGUACUCAUCUUCAAAACACUUGGAGUGUUACCUGUAGUGUGCAUAAUGUUUUUACCUUUAGGGUAAGCUCAGCAUCCUUUAAAGUUUGGGAAGGACUUGGUCUUCAUGGGAACCUUUUAAUGCCUUGAAUAUUCUAAGACACUGAUUUUUGUCAUUAAGUCUGUAUUGUUUUUAAGUUCUGAGAGGAUUAGAGGUUCCACCAGAUAAUGCAUUUUCACAUUUCAGUAUUUGUGAAAAUGGUAUAUAAAGGAGUAAAUGGUAUAUAAAAUGUGAAUUUAUUGGGUAUAAAUACUUUUUCUUUUAUACCUUCUUAGUUUAGAUCCCUUGUGUUGUCUAACACAACAGUCUCUUUUUUGGUAAAUUAUAAUUAAUACUUUGCCAAAUGUGAUGAUAGUGAUUUGUUUCACUGUAUAUUUUCCUCAGAUUGCUUGUUUUGUUUUUUUAAAAUUAACAUUCUCAUUUAGAAUUUAGUUUCUUAAACAUAGCAGUGUCUACUCCCAGCAUGUGAGAAAGAUGGAGGUGAAAUACACCCAAAUUCAGCUGUGAGUGACAGAUGUGGGUGCUGCAAGCUUAAUCCUAAGUACCAGAAUUUUCUUAUGUUCUAAGAGCUAGUUCUGACUGAAUUUUCUUCUCCUAUGGCUUUAAUCAAAUAGAAAACAUGAGAAUUUCCCUGAAGAGCUGUUUUAUUUUUUAGUUUGAUAUUUUCUGUGAUACAGAAAAUUUUUUUGCAUAAAAUUAAAAAAUUUUUAAGCAUAAAACUUAACUUUUUAAGUUAAGUUUUAAGACAAAAAUUUUUAAGCAUAAAACUUAACUGCAGGAUCUACUCAUUUAUGAGCUAAGUACAUGCUUGAUACCAUUUAUUAAAAAUGGACUUAAGAUCUGCAAGAUAGAUAGACUAAGGAAACUUAGGUUUCACCCAUACAUAUAGCAUAAUUUUUUUGUCAAUUCCUUUUGUUGGGUACUCUUAAAUAUUGAGUCCAGUAUUAAUACAAGAAGAGUGUACGUUUAACCUUUCUGCCCUUGAUAUUAGGGAAAUGCUGGUUGGGUGUUUAUUUUAGUGAACUUCCAUUUUUCUGAACACACAACAGUUUAUAGAAUACAUAGUUUUUUACUUAUGUCCUUCCUGUUGACAUUCCAGGAUGUGUAUUUUAAUCUUCUGAGCUACUUAAUAAUAAAUUGAUGUCAGAAACAUUGCGCAAGUGAUGUUUCUGAUAACGUGGAGGCAUAGGAAUAAUCUCAAAAAAAGGUUUUUAUUGAAUCCAAUUAUUUUAACUUGGGCUGUGUCUAUAUAAAGCUUUUUUGGCUAAAUAGAGCUUUUCUUGGCAUUGUAUAGACAGAGCUUUGAUGUAAAUUGGAAGAACACCCAUAACCUAUUCUGUGUACAUUUUUUUUCAUUCUCAUCGGAUGCAUCAAACAUGCAGCAGUAAUAAACCAGAUUCUUCUCAGGUGUGUGAGAGCACUUGCCUUAAGUUCAUUUUUUCUCUGGUGUCUGUAUCAUUAGCUACUAUGAAC